AGCGCGAAGGGAGGGAUGAGCAAUGAUGCUGGCAGCCUGCACAUCGCUCCGCACAUCAUCAUCAUCAGCAGCAGCCAAAUCCUUCCUUUUCUUCCCUCCCUCCCUCACAAGAACCCGGCCAGCCAGAGUCUGCACGUCCGCCCCCCAGGCCGCCGCGAGGGACGGACCUCAGUCAGCCGCGGACUCCUCUCCCCCUGCGACCCUCCGUAUCCGCCCGUCUCCCCUCAUGGAUGUCCCGACUCGUUACGGCUCUAGUCGACGGACGCCACCCGCGUAGAUGUGUGUGUGACGGCCCACGCCUUACGUUAAGCUUCUUUUUUUUUUUUUUUUUUCCCCCUCAUGCGGUAACCAGUUCGACGGCAAAGAGGAGGAGCAGCGCGCCCCCCGUCGUUAGCCGGAGAAGCUAACCGAGCUAGCUAACUUUAGCCCCGACACUUGGUACCCUAGUCGGGGGAGUUUUGUGGCUCACAAGCUAAGCUGGGGCGGACUUGGGCUACCCCGUCACUCUUUUAAAUUAAGACUAAGAGCCUUUCGUCUUCACUGCUUCAGAAGCCGUAAGUCCAAGCGAAGAUGCUUGCUUGGCAGUCGUCCGAAGACAGAUGGGCUGCUUAGGUUUCAUUACACUGGAGGAAAGCCUCUGCUCUGCUCUGCAAGAGAAUGUUGGAGUGACGAGAAAAGGAGGAAGUGGGAUCUCUGACGCUCUGCCUUCUUUGCUGGUGGAGCCCUUUUGCAUCUGACCAGAGACCCCCCCCCGGACAGGUGACACUAGCAGGAUGCGGAGGUUCGCCUACUGCAAAGUGAUCCUGGCCACCUCUCUGGUGUGGGUGAUGCUGGACAUGUUCAUCCUGCUCUACUUCAGCGAGUGCAACAAGUGCGACGACAAGAAGGAGCGAGGACUGCCCGGUAGAGACGACCCCCUGACGAGGCCGCGGGACGGUCCCGGGGAGGGGGGGAAGCCUGUGGUGAUCCCAAAGGAGAACCAGGAGAAGAUGAAGGAGAUGUUUAAGAUCAACCAGUUCAACCUCAUGGCAUCUGAGAUGAUUGCACUCAAUCGUUCUUUACCUGACGUCCGACUCGAGGGGUGCAAGAACAAACUCUACCCUGACAAUCUGCCCAGAACCAGCGUGGUGAUCGUAUUUCACAACGAGGCGUGGAGCACGCUGCUGCGGACCGUCCAUUCCGUCAUCGACCGUUCUCCCCACACGCUCCUGGAGGAGAUUGUUCUGGUAGACGACGCCAGUGAGCGAGAUUUCCUAAAGCGACCGUUGGAGCAAUAUGUCCGAAGACUGGAGGUACCUGUGCGGGUGGUGAGGAUGGACCAGAGGUCUGGUCUCAUCCGAGCUCGCCUCAAAGGAGCGUCCAUCUCAACAGGCCAGGUGAUAACCUUUCUGGAUGCUCACUGUGAAUGCACGACAGGCUGGCUGGAGCCGCUGCUCGCUCGCAUCAAACAAGACAAGAAAACUGUGGUGUGCCCUAUCAUCGACGUGAUCAGCGACGACACCUUUGAGUACAUGGCGGGUUCGGACAUGACGUACGGAGGCUUCAACUGGAAGCUCAACUUCCGAUGGUACCCAGUGCCCCAGAGAGAAAUGGACCGCCGCAAAGGAGACCGCACGCUUCCCGUCAGAACUCCUACCAUGGCAGGAGGCUUGUUCUCCAUCGACAGAGAUUAUUUUCAGGAGAUCGGCACGUAUGACGCAGGCAUGGACAUUUGGGGCGGCGAGAAUCUGGAAAUCUCUUUCCGAAUCUGGCAGUGCGGCGGGACCCUGGAGAUCGUCACGUGCUCGCACGUUGGCCACGUCUUCCGAAAGGCGACGCCCUACACCUUUCCUGGAGGAACGGGGCAGAUCAUCAACAAAAACAACAGACGCUUGGCUGAAGUGUGGAUGGAUGAAUUUAAAAACUUCUUCUACAUCAUCUCGCCUGGCGUGACCAAAGUGGACUACGGUGACAUCACGUCUCGCUCAGCUCUCAGACAGAAGCUUCAAUGUAAACCUUUCAGUUGGUACUUGGAACACGUCUAUCCUGACUCGCAGAUUCCCCGCCACUAUUACUCCCUCGGAGAGAUCCGAAAUGUGGAGACCAAUCAAUGUUUGGACAACAUGGCCCGCAAAGAAAACGAGAAGGUUGGCAUUUUCAACUGCCACGGCAUGGGCGGCAACCAGGUGUUCUCCUACACGGCCAAUAAGGAGAUCAGAACAGACGACUUGUGUCUAGACGUGUCCAAAUUAAACGGACCUGUCAUGAUGCUCAAGUGUCACCACCUCAAAGGCAACCAGCUGUGGGAGUACGACCCCGUGAAGCUGAGCCUGAUGCACGUCAACAGCAACCAAUGUUUGGACAAGGCCAGCGAGGAGGACAGUCAGGUGCCCAGCGUCAAAGACUGCACACACUCACGCUCGCAGCAGUGGCUGCUCCGCAACGUCACACUACCGGAGGUCUUCUGAUGGCGCACACUCACACACACGGAGCGGAGCGGCCGGACCCCGGGGUGGAACGUUUAAAACAGAAUAAAAACAAGGGCUCCGUGUGGAUGUGUGAGGAGGACGCCUGGGACGGUACGACCUCGAGGAACAGUGUCGCAUCCUCAGGAGGAAGAUGGAGAAAAAGACUCCCACCAGGGGGCGCUGGAUAUUCUCAGCGACCGACUGAUGCCCACCUGUCACAUCAUCAUGUUUGGUUUACUGACUGCCUCUUGUUAUGGAGUGUGUGCACUUAAUUUGCGUGCGUGUAUGUGUGCGACUUGAAUGUUUGUUUGUUUUUUGUUUUUUUAUUUAAUUCUGUUAUGGAUCGUGAACUCCUUUGAAGAAGGUUUGUUCUCCAUUGUGUGCCUCCUUACAGUGUGUCUCCCUCUAGUGUCUUCUCGUUGUCUUUACAUCCUACGGACUGACGUGACUGCGCACAUUAGAAAGGGGCCGAGGGGGGGUUGGACCAAACGUCAUCUUAUUAAGAAGACAAAUAACGUAUCUGUGAUGUCAUACCUUUUCUAGGUCGCGUUUUUACACGGUUGUCUCUCGUCCUGUUUAGCAUGGAAGGUCGCUCGCACAUCCAAACACGCACCCGGUUUGCUUCCAUUAAAGCAGGGUUCCUCCAAAUGUUUUCACAUCUACAGCACUGUAGUUUUAAUUCGGGUCGCAGCUGAGCUGGAGCCUAAUUAAGCAAGUUACUAAAGUAGAUGCCAUGAAUGAGCUUACGCCACAGUUAAGAAAAAAAAAUAUGACUGACUUCACUGACAUUGACUUAAUAAAGGAUUGGGACUCCAUUUGGGGAAACCUGUUUUAAGGCAACACUCCAGUGUGGAGUGUGUGAACGACCUUCUUCCAUCUUAGUCGACAAUUUCCCCAAUAAGUUACUUCUUCCAAGUUAUUGCUUCCAGUUGUUUGCUUUCAACACAUUUCUCCACAAAGUCUGUGAAAGGGCGCAAAGGAGUUGAGAAGAAGACACUUUGCAGAUUGUCACCUUCAGAUUAAAGCCAAAGUUGUUGUUUUUUGCCUGAAACAUUUCAUGAUGCUGGCCACUUCUGAUAAAGUGACGGAUAUCCUUAGUUCAACAGAAUAUUCAAUUCGCACCCUGAAAUGGAAUUAUUAACAAACAUAGUAAUCAGUAAUUGAUUCUUUCUGAAAAAAUGACUUUGGCAGUUAUUUUAGGAAGGUGAUAAUAUCUUACCUUGUCAUAUUUAACUCCACUUUUACAUCAUAUCUCAAAGUUUAUGUUGGGCACUAACGACCAUCAUGUUUCAUGUGUUACAUAUCACUGCGAGUGUGUGAUGUCAUGAAAGUUUUACAAGGGAUGUUCGGAAUCCUUCAUUCCUUACUUACUCCUUCAUCACUAUUGCAUAAUCACGAGAGAUUUUUAUGUCAUGAAGAGUUUACUAAAAAUUAACCAGUGUGACAGUUUGGGACUGCUUUGCUAAUUCAAGAUCUUCAUUCCAGAGUUUACUAAGUUGACAGAAGCCUACUACACGAACAACGUUAUUAUAAUAAUAAUAAUAUUAGUGUUAUUAUUUUUAUUUUAUUUUUGUCGACUUUCUGGUCCACUGUUUAAAAAUCUCUGUCAAGUGAUUAAGGAGUAGUGAAUGAGUGAAUGAUUCCCAACACAGCAACGGUGUUUACACUCUUUGAAAUCAUCAUCUUAGCGUCGGUUCAAGGGAGCGACUGUGAUGUGGCCGAGAGGACGUUUUGUUGUGAUGUUUGGAUUGUACUGAAAUGUGCUGACACGUGCAGCUUUUUCCACAGUGAACGCAUCCAAAUGUAGAAAAUAAAAGUGAAGGCAUUUCCAUGACCUGACAAAAACAACCAUCA